AUGGUGGAGGGUCAACAGAACAAUGACAUGGAGUGGGUGAAGCUCGUCAGUAAUGACGGACACAGCUUCCUCAUCCGCCGCAAGGUCGCGGUGCGAAGCGGCACCCUCAGGCAGAUGCUCAGCUCUGAAAGCAACUUCGCUGAGGCUGUCUCCAAAACAUGCCGUAUCCUUGAGCGGCCAAUAGUGGUAGAGAAACUGUGCGAAUAUCUCUCAUAUAAAUCCGUUUAUGAGGGGGUGCCUUCGCGAGAACUUCCGGGAUUUACGGAGCGUGUGAUGCCUGAAAUUGCACUGGAAUUGCUUAUGACGGCUGAUUACUAUGAAGCAUGA